GCCGUAAGCGUAUGCUACCGAUAACACAGCCUUGCGACAACUAAAAAUAUUGACAACAAAACGAAAUUCGACGGAUCAAAAUGAAGAUAAAACUAAUAGAUUCGGUGGUGCGCAGCUUCAAAGUGGCCAAGAUCUUCAGGGAGAACACGGACAAGAUCAACGCCAUUGAUUUUGCGCCCAACGGGGAGCAUCUAAUAUCGUGCAGCGAGGAUGACCAGAUCGUGAUCUACGACUGCGAAAAGGGAACGCAGUCGCGCACGGUGAACUCGAAGAAGUAUGGAGUGGAUUUAAUCCACUUUACGCACGCCAACAACACUGCCAUCCACAGCUCCACCAAGGUGGACGACACCAUUCGCUAUCUCAGCCUGCACGACAACAAAUAUCUGCGCUACUUCCCCGGCCACACCAAAAAGGUAAUCUCGCUGUGCAUUUCUCCGGUGGAGGAUACUUUUCUCUCUGGCUCGCUGGACAAGACGCUGCGGCUGUGGGACCUACGUUCGCCCAACUGUCAGGGACUGAUGCAUCUCUCUGGACGCCCCAUUGCCGCCUACGACCCCGAGGGCUUGAUCUUCGCUGCCGGCGUUAAUUCGGAAAGCAUUAAAUUGUACGACCUGCGGUCGUUUGACAAAGGUCCCUUCGUAACAUUUAAACUUAAUCAGGAGAAGGAAUGCGACUGGACUGGCCUUAAGUUCUCCCGUGACGGCAAAACCAUUCUGAUCAGCACGAAUGGAUCGGUCAUCCGGCUGGUAGAUGCCUUCCACGGUACUCCGCUGCAAACGUUCACCGGCUAUCCAAACAACAAGGGCAUUGCCAUCGAGGCGAGCUUCAGUCCAGACUCGCAGUUUAUCUUCUCAGGCAGCACCGAUGGACGUGUGCACAUCUGGAACGCAGACACGGGGAACAAGGUGUCGGUCCUAAAUGGGGACCAUCCGGGACCGGUGCAGUGCGUUCAGUUUAAUCCGAAGUACAUGAUGUUGGCCUCCGCCUGCACCAACAUGGCUUUUUGGCUGCCCACAUCCGAGGAGGGCUUGUAGGCAAUGAUUCCCGCUUGCGUAGCUAAUAAGAUUAAAGUUUAAUUUAUAAUUAAUAAACCAACAGAACUUAAA